CCGCGCGCCCGGCCCAGGGGGAGGGACGCGGGCCCCGCAGCUCCGGCCCCAGCCCCUGAGCUUCCCCAGCGAGUCCCGCCGCGGCCGGGCGGGUGCGGGCAAGGUGUGCGGUCGGUGCACGGGCCCGGACGCAGGCGGGCGAGCGGAGCCCGGGGAGGCGGGACGCAGAGCCGGCGCGCCGCCCGGACCCGGCGGGAGCGGGAGCAGCGCUGGUGUGGAUGCUCCCAUCGCUUGGUCUUCGGAGACUCGGUUGCUUUUUAAUGACGGUGGCGGCUGUGGGGUGAGCAGCUGGAGACUAGAGUUUGUUCUGACGAGAGAGGGUCUCUUUUGGUUGUCUCCAGCACUGCCGGAUUGCUCCUUCCUGGUCCCUCCACUGUCGAAGGGAGAAGAUGCCACUGCCGUUUGGACUGAAAUUGAAACGCACCCGGCGCUAUACUGUGUCCAGCAAGAGCUGCUUGGUUGCACGGAUCCAGCUGCUCAAUAAUGAAUUUGUGGAGUUCACUCUGUCUGUGGAGAGCACCGGCCAGGAGAGCCUAGAAGCUGUCGCCCAGAGACUGGAGCUGAGGGAGGUCACUUACUUCAGCCUCUGGUACUACAACAAGCAGAACCAGCGUCGCUGGGUGGAUUUGGAGAAGCCCCUGAAGAAGCAGUUGGAUAAACACGCGCUGGAGCCCACUGUCUACUUUGGAGUGGUGUUUUACGUGCCUUCCGUCUCCCAGCUGCAGCAGGAGAUUACCAGGUAUCAGUAUUACCUGCAGCUGAAGAAAGACAUUCUGGAAGGAAACCUUCCGUGUACUUUAGAACAAGCCAUUCAGCUAGCUGGCUUAGCUGUUCAAGCUGAUUUUGGUGACUUUGAUCAGUAUGAAUCCCAAGACUUUCUUCAGAAAUUCGCCUUGCUCCCUGUGGGGUGGCUACAGGAUGAAAAAGUGCUGGAAGAAGCAACCCAAAAAGUGGCCUUGCUGCAUCAGAAAUACAGGGGGCUAACAGCUCCUGAGGCUGAGAUGUUGUAUAUGCAGGAAGUAGAGAGAAUGGACGGCUAUGGAGAGGAGAGCUACCCUGCCAAGGAUAGCCAAGGAAGCGACAUAUCCAUCGGGGCUUGUCUUGACGGCAUCUUUGUGAAACAUAAGAACGGAAGGCCUCCUGUGGUGUUCAGGUGGUACGACAUUGCUAACAUGUCCCACAACAAGUCCUUCUUUGCACUGGAGCUGGCAAGUAAAGAGGAGACCGUCCAGUUUCAAACUGAAGACAUGGAAACAGCCAAGUACGUGUGGAGACUGUGUGUUGCACGGCACAGAUUUUACAGACUAAACCAGUGUGACCUGCAAACUCAGGCUGCCACACUGAACUCAGUCAGGAGGGGCUCAUCUUCCAGGAUGUCUCUGCCUAAACCCCAGCCCUAUGCGAUGCCUCCCCCACCCCAGCUGCAUUAUAAUGGACAUUAUACAGAGCCAUUUGCUUCUUCCCAAGAUAACAUCUUUGUGCCCAGCAAGAAUGGAUUCUAUUGUCACUCCCAGACAAGUUUGGACAGAACCCAGAUUGACCUCAGCGGUCGCAUCCGCAACGGCAGUGUCUAUAGUGCACACAGUACGAACUCCUUAAAUACCCCUCAGCCCUACUUGCAGCCCUCCCCUAUGUCCUCCAACCCAAGUAUUACUGGCAGUGACGUCAUGAGGCCCGACUACAUCCCAUCCCAUCGGCACAGUGCCCUGAUCCCCCCUUCUUACCGCCCAACCCCCGACUACGAGACUGUGAUGAAGCAGCUCAACAGAGGCCUGGUGCAUGCAGACAGGCACAGCCACUCGCUGCGGAACCUCAACAUUGGCAGUUCCUACGCAUACAGCAGGCCCGAUGCCCUGGUCUACAGCCAGCCUGAGAUCCGGGAGCACGCACACCUUACCUCUCCCCAGUCGGCCCACUACCCAUUUAAUCUGAACUACAGUUUCCACAGUCAGUCUCCGUAUCCCUACCCUGCUGAGAGGCGGCCUGUGGUGGGUGCCGUCAGUGUGCCCGAGCUGACAAACGUGCAGCUCCAGGCCCAGGACUAUCCAGCUCCAAACAUUAUGAGAACCCAGGUGUACCGGCCACCCCCACCGUACCCGUACCCGAGGCCCGCCAACAGCACCCCAGACCUGUCCCGGCAUCUCUACAUCAGCAGCAGCAAUCCGGAUCUUAUCACCAGGCGUGUCCACCACUCAGUGCAGACCUUCCAGGAGGACAGCUUGCCCGUGGCCCAUUCCCUGCAGGAGGUCAGCGAGCCCCUCACAGCAGCCCGGCAUGCCCACCUACAGAAGAGGAACAGUAUUGAAAUUGCGGGACUCACACACGGCUUUGAAGGCCUGAGGCUCAAGGAGAGGACCAUGUCGGCCUCAGCCGCAGACGUGGCUCCGCGGACUUGCUCAGCAGGCUCCCAGUCCAGUGUCUUUUCUGAUAGAACAAAGCAAGAGGAGAGCGAAGAGCAGGAAGGUGGCAGAUAUAGCCACAAGAAGUCCCUUUCUGAUGCCACCAUGCUGAUACACAGCAGUGAGGAGGAGGAGGACCUGGACGAGGACAGCAGCAGAGCACAUGCCGUCUCAGCCUUGUCCGAGCCCCGCCUGACUGGUGCUUAUUCCCAGGAGCAGCAGCUGAACUACCCCUGUGCUUCGGUGACUCCAGUUGCCGGCCCUCUGCAUAUUCUUGAGCCCAAAUCCCAUUUUACGGAGCCUGAGAAGAGGGUGAAAGCCAUUAGCACCGUCCCCCUGGUUGUGGAGACCCAUCGGCCCCGAAGAGAUGGGCUGUUAACCCCCUCCAUGUCUGAAUCUGACCUCACGACUUCGGGGAGGUACCGAGCUAGGAGGGACUCUCUCAAGAAAAGGCCAGUGUCAGAUCUCCUCUCUGGGAAGAAGAACACUGUGGAAGGACUUCCGCCACUCGGGGGAAUGAAAAAGACUCGAGCAGAUGCAAAAAAAAUUGGUCCCCUUAAGCUGGCUGCCCUCAAUGGACUCUCCCUGUCCCGAUUGCCUCUGCCUGAUGAAGGGAAGGAAGUGUCCACCAGAGCCACGAACGAUGAACGGUGUAAGAUUCUGGAACAGCGCUUGGAGCAAGGAAUGGUCUUCACCGAAUAUGAAAGGAUUCUUAAAAAGCGGCUGGUUGAUGGGGAGUGCUCAACAGCCCGGCUGCCUGAAAAUGCAGAAAGAAAUCGAUUCCAAGAUGUGCUUCCCUAUGAUGACGCGAGAGUAGAGCUGGUACCAACCAAGGAGAACAACACCGGCUACAUCAACGCAUCCCAUAUUAAGGUCUCUGUCAGUGGAAUUGAGUGGGAUUAUAUUGCCACACAGGGACCGUUACAAAAUACCUGCCAGGACUUUUGGCAGAUGGUGUGGGAACAGGGGAUCACAAUCAUCGCAAUGGUGACAGCAGAGGAGGAGGGCGGCAGGGAGAAGAGCUUCAGGUACUGGCCAAGACUUGGCUCAAGGCACAACACCGUCACCUACGGAAGGUUUAAGAUCACAACUCGCUUCCGCACGGACUCGGGCUGCUAUGCCACGACAGGCUUGAAGAUGAAGCACCUCCUCACAGGCCAGGAGAGGACAGUUUGGCAUCUGCAGUACACAGACUGGCCCGAGCAUGGCUGUCCCGAAGACCUCAAAGGAUUUUUAUCAUACCUUGAAGAGAUCCAGUCUGUUCGACGUCAUACAAACAGUACAAGCGAACCCAAGAGCCCCAACCCUCCACUGUUGGUGCACUGCAGUGCUGGCGUAGGAAGAACUGGGGUCGUCAUUUUGUCAGAGAUCAUGAUUGCCUGUCUGGAGCACAAUGAGGUGCUGGACAUCCCCAGAGUGCUGGACAUGCUGAGACAGCAGAGAAUGAUGCUGGUGCAGACGCUCGGCCAGUACACGUUUGUGUACAGAGUUCUCAUGCAGUUCCUCAAAAGCUCCAGGCUCAUUUAAGCUCCCACGUGUUUAUAUGGGGACCCAAUCAUGUGAAGUGUUUACAGCUUAAAAAAAGAAAGAAGGGAAGAGAAGAGAGAGAGAGAAGCGCUUGUGCAGCUCCUGUUUGUCCCCAGGAGUCCCAUGUGGAGCUCCCGAACAGGAGGCGCGGCAGGAAGAGCUGAAGCAGCACCCUAAGCACAGGGCUGAGGAGGCGCGUGGGACUUGGGACAGGUGUGGUGCCCUGGCCUUGCCUGCCCAGUUUUCAGCGCUUGCACACAUUCUGGAGACUGUAUUUCUAGACGGUUCUCUGUCUUACUGAAGCUGCACUGGGCAGUUCUGGCAAUCAUUAAGGCACACAGAUUUCUAUCUUAAGCUAGUUUUUGAUAAUGUAAUUUUAUGACUAAAUAGUUUUGGUUUUUAGUUAGAAACUGAACUUUUCUGUGGGGCAGUACCCAGACUGAGUGGAUCUUGAGUAACUGUAUUUAAAACCAUUAUUAGCUUUUGUUUAAGAACAAAAACCACAGGGAACUAAGUGGUUUAUUCACCAAAUCCAAAACUAAAGAGAAUCUAAAAGUAUUAUUUUGAAACCUAGAAAGCAUUUUUAUAUUCAGAAUGUUUUUUAUCCUAGAAGUUCUAUAUAUUUGUACCUUCUAUAUUUUCCAAAUAAGAGCUCAUGUUGUUCUAAUACUGAGUCAGUUAAUGUGAAGUUGGGGAUAAAGGCACAUUAUUUAAAAUCAAAGAAUCAGAUUCACUAUUUUUUUCAGUAUUAUCAAUAAGCAUAAAUGAGUUUGAUUUUCUUGGUUGAAAAUGAAGAACAAUUGCAUUGGAUGGUUUUAAGCACUUUUUUUUUGUUGAAAAUGAGUUUAAUAUAUGUGGCUUUAUAUUAGAAACAACAGUGGACACUGUUUCAAAGAGAAGGACUAUGAGUAUGUAAGAUGACCAGGACGAGAGGAAGUACCUGUGGUGGCCACGCAGGAUGGCUUGGUCGGUACAGAAAUGCAGUAUUAUCUAUAGUCACGCUGGGAUGGAGAGUGGGGUCUUGGGAGCUUGGGGGUGAGCCCCAGAGGGCUACGCAAGGGAAGUCAAGGUCUGCCAUUGUCAGUGAUGUGCUUUGUUUAUUUGGGUUCCUUGUAACUUUUUCCCCCUACAAAAACGUCCAGGUUUAUAUUAUCAUUAAAGAAGCCUUGAAGAGGCUUGGUUUUCUUUUGGUUGAAGGAAGGAAACAGUUCCUUCCUUCAGAAUGAGCAGUUCCUUUCUCCAAACCACAGCCCAAACUUAUGGGGCCACCAGAAAUUGCUGUGGUGUUCAGGGGGUACUUGAAUUUAGCACCUUAAUCCUGUCCUCACCCCAGGAUCAGUUCUAAGUAGUUGGUCCUCCUCUUCCAUCCACUUUGGGCACAUCCUGCUGGUCAGAACCAGGUCAGGUUCGAAGGGCAGAAUGCUGUCCUUGGCCCAGGCUAAGCUUGUGUGAGAAGUGGAGGACAAGCUGGCACCUUUAUCUGAGCCUCCCCCCCCCCCCGAAUUUGGUUCACUGUGUAGACCUUCUAGAAUGUCAGGUCUAGGUUUAGCUCCUAAAUGAUGAUGUUCUGCCAUCAUUCUGAUUUGACCCUGUGGUGAGCCUCACCCUCCAUGACAGACAUGUGUCAGCCCAGCUAAACCCAGUAAACUCACGUGGAAGGCGCGCCCCAGGACGGGAUUGGAGGUUUGGGUGGUAUAUGUUCCAUUUCAUACCAUAUGAAGGACAGAACGUUUUCUGAAACUUUUUCUUCCAAUGGUACAUUGUUUGAAGAUGCUUUUCUAUCACACUUAAACAUCUGGAAAUAUCCCACCGACAAGAACAUAUUGUAAAACAAAACUUUAAUUAAAGAGUAAUAUAUGGCU